AUGGUUCUGACACGCAUCACGCGACGGUUGGCUGACUCUGAUUUGGCAGUGGUGAAGAGGGCGGUUCGCGACUGGAACCACGAGACGAACCACAUUUCCUUCGCAGUGCAUUUCGGCGACCUCGUCGACGGACUGUGCCCUCGCGAAAAAUCGCUCGAGGCCUUUCAAACGGUUCUGGGCGAGUUCGGCAAGUUGACCAACGGACCUGUGUACCACAUGCUAGGCAACCACUGCCUGUACAAUCUUCCCCGGAAAACCCUCAACAAGCUGCUUGCCAUGCCGCCCUCCGCCGACCACCGCUCCUACUACCACUUCUCCCCCUUCCCCGGCUUCCGUCUCGUCGUCCUCGACCCGUACGACAUCAGCAUGAUCGGCUGGCCGUCCGGCCACCCGCACGCUGAGCUGGCGGCGGAGAUUCUCGGGCGGCAGAAUCCGAAUGAGGAGAAGAACAGCCCAGAGGGGAUGGUGGGGAUGCAGCGGCGGUUUUUGAAGUUCAAUGGGGGAGUGAGUGAGACGCAGCUGGGGUGGCUGGAGGGGGUGUUGAGGGAGAGCGAUGAGUGUGGGGAGACGGUGAUCAUCUGCUGUCACCUGCCUGUGGAGCCCAACGCCCUUCCCACCUCCACGUGCCUCAUCUGGAACUAUGACAAGGUUCUCGCGACCAUUCAGCAGCACAACUGUGUGGUGGCGGCCAUUUCUGGCCAUGCACACUUUGGAGCGUACACCUGCGACGACAAGGGCAUUCACCACCGGAUUCUUGAGGCAGCACUUGAAUGCCCGACAGGAACCUCAGCCUUCGGCCAGAUUGACGUCGCCUUAGGCGUCAUGGCGCGUAAGGCGUUGGCGCCGUUGGGCGCUGGCACCAUUCGCGUUGGCGCCGUUGGGCGCGGUCGCCGUGGGCGCUGGCGCCUUUGGGCGCUGGCGCUGGCGCUGGCGCCUUUGCGCGCUGGCGCUGGCGCUGGCGCCUUUGCGCGCUGGCGCUUGCGCGUUUGGGCGCUGGCGCUGGCCCCUUUGGGCGCUGGCGCUGGCGCCUUUGGGCGCUGGCGUUGGCGCCUUUGCGCGCUGGUUCUUGCGCCUUUGGGCGCUGGCGCCUUUGCGCGCUGGUUCUUGCGCCAUUGGGCGCUGGCGCUGGCGCCUUUGGCUCCUUGGCUUUAA